AUGUCUAAUGUUUUGUAUCCCAUGUCGAUUGGAUCGUCCGAUCGGGCACCGCGAUUGAAUCCGCACCCACAUGGAAUUACGACGAGUCAAGGUAACCUCACAGACUGGAGUUCGAGGCAAGCAAAUGUACAGCCAAAAAGUGCAUGCCAACAACGCACACCUGAAAAGUUGCCGGUGCCACGGUUCGGUGGGACGGUAGGGAAGGCGGCAGGCACACCUACCGAGCCAAGACUGCCCAGUCGUUAG